GACCCACCACUACCACUUUCUACGUUAUAGCGGCUGCACUUCAGGAGCUGCUGUUUUUGAAAACGUGGUGUAGGAAUAUUUGUCAACUUGUCUUUGCAGAGGACACAGGUCUGUAAACAUUCUGUUUUACAGAAUAUCCCGGGCGUGCUCUACGCUGGCGAAAAUGGAGGGGUUUCUACAGAAAUGUAGCGCUGCAAUAAAGGGCAGUUCGGAGGGAAGCUCUGGGAUCCACGUCGUCCUUGGCAAUGAGGCCUGUGACCUCGACUCCAUGGUGUCAUCCCUUUCCUUUGCCUACUUUCUGUCCAAAACGUCUGGCAGCUCGGGUAAGACUGUGGUGCCGGUGCUGAACAUCCCGAGGGCUGAAUUCCCCCUGCGGUCCGACAACGUGUUCCUACUGAAGGAGAGCGGUGUUCCGCCGGAGGCUCUGGUAUUCCGUGACGAGGUGGACCUGGCAGGGCUCCAUAGAGCCAAGAGGCUGACGCUCACCCUGGUGGACCACAACAUGCUUCCUAGUGCUGACAUCGACUUGGAAGAGGCAGUUGUGGAAGUUAUUGACCACCACCACCUCGAGAGGACACCCUCCACUUCCUGUUCCGUCACCGUGGAAACCGUGGGUUCCUGUGCCACCUUGGUGACGGAGCACAUUCACCACAAGGCACCUGAAGUGCUAGACAGACAGGUGGCCCAAUUAUUAUACGGGGCCAUCGUGCUGGAUUGUGUCAACAUGGCCCCUGAGGCGGGCAAGGUCACACCCAAGGACAGCCAACUGGCCUGCCUGCUGGAGUCGCGCUUCCCCGACCUGCCACCCAGGGGCGCCCUCUUCCAGUCCCUGCAAAGUGCCAAAUUUGACAUCUCAGGUCUUUCUACAGAGCAGAUCCUGCUGAAGGACAUGAAGGCUGUCUCUGGGGGUGACCUGAGACUGGCAGUCAGCGCUGUGUACAUGACACUAGAUAUGUUCCUACAGCGGAGGAGCCUACAACAGGAGCUUUGUGAGUUCUGUCACAAACAUAGUUUUGGUGCGGUGGUCGCCAUGACAAUCUCUUUCAACGAACGCAGUGAGCCCCAUCGGCAGCUGGCGGUCUACAGCUCCAGCACCCUCUAUAGGGAGGAGGUGAGCCAAGCAUUAGAAAAGGCCCGCAACCCCUCUCUGAGCUUCUCUCCAAUGAGCAGCCCCUUCAACGACAUCAAGUCCUAUCUCCAAGGCAACGCACUGGCCUCCCGCAAGAAAGUGCUGCCUAUCCUCAAGGACUUCCUGAAGGAGUGGGACAAGAAGCAAGUGCAUUGUGGGGAGGUGGAGGACUUUGAGGAGCUGGACGACCACGUUGACCCCACAGGGUCGCCAGGUGUCGACGACGACGCCCGCCCCCGCUGCUUCUCGGCCUCCCGGCACCAUCGUCGCCGCCUGCUGGGCACCGAGAACUCUGGGACGGAGGAGGACUUCCAGGUGCCGGCCACUCCCAUGAACAGCCUGGUGGAGGGCUGUCCACUGGACGCCGGCCUGCCACGGAUCAGCGCGGAAGCCAUUUUGGAGAAGUUCAGCCGCAUGGGAGGGGAAGCAGGGGAAAAUAAAGAUGGCAACUGGCCAGGUGAACAAUAACCUUCUGUUGAUGCCUUUUAAUUCUAGUGCCCCUGGCUGACUGCACCUCAACCCAACCAACAGACUAUAACAAGGAGUGUUCCAAGUUCAAACUCAGAAGCAUAUCAAUCAAUUGUAUGUUUCAUAAGGGACAUCUCAUAGUGGAUUAUAAUGACAAUCCAAAGGGGCCAUGUACAGUAACUCACUCACUGGUUAUAUAGCAAUCGUAGGUUUGCUAUCAGCAGCUCCGUUGAUAUUGACUGGAAACAGGGCCUGUUCAGGAGGAACAAAACGGAACAAAACGGCCUGAAACAGGGAGGUACCAUCUGAACUAAGAAAUGCUUGUUUUUGUUUUCCGUUGCAAAACGUUUUGCUACGGUGUGCCCGAAUGAACACGACCCUGGACUACUGUGGCCAUCAAACUGAUCAUCAAGCAGCUCUUAUGGAUUCUUUACUCAAGUCAGGACUAACAACACCAUAGAACAUUAUGAAGAAUAGGAUAUGGCAACCGGAUGAAAAAAAGCCAUGACUAGUAGUACUGUAUCAAAGACUCCAGACACAAAUGAAGGUUGAAUGAAGUGUGUGUUCCCUCUGUAUCACAUCUGAGUACGUGGCACUGCCUCAUUGGUUAGUCAGUGCCAUCUCGAAGUGUAGGGGGAGUGGAUUGGAAAUGUGGAGAAUACAUAAUGGACUAACGUAAUUAAUCUUUGAAGGGCCUAUUUCAGUGUCACAGGCAUUUGAGUGAAGCUUUAUGAUGAGGGAGAAUCUUGCACUGGAUAAUGACUUUAUCCAUUAGGGCAGCAUGUGUUUCAGUAGUACUGGUCCUGAAAGGCCACUGAGUUUGCUGGUUUUUAGUGCAACCAAUCUGGGGCGGCAGGUAGCUUAGUGGUUAAGAGCGUUGUGCCAGUAACCGAAAGGUCGCUGGUUCUAAUCCCCGA